CCCUCUCUUCUUUUUUGACGUGAUGCGCUGUUGAUCUUCAUCAACUGUUUAUUCGCCCAUCAUGUUUCCAGCAGCUUUGGCCGCGUUCCUUUCGCUUUUGCUUUUUUGUUCUAAUACCGUUCUUGCGAGUCCGUUUGUGGUGACUUCGUAUUACGAGAACAAGGUGACCACCUACAGUGACUACACCUACAUCCGCUCCUACACCACGAGCAUCGACUUCGGCCCAACCUACACCCGCAUCGUCCCCGUGAAACCCACCAACACCGCCGCCGCACCCCUCUCCAUCGACACCACAGUCGACCAAUACUACACCGAUGUCACCGUCGUCAACGUCCUCCUCCCCACCGGCGCCGGCGAGGUAAUCACCCGCGACUACUCCGCAACCUCCUACUACGACUACUACAUCAAGCUCUCCUACACCGCACCCACCUCCUGCGCAACGGAAUGGGUCUACACCACCACCGCCAACGCGGAUCUCCCGCCCAUGAUCACACCGACGCCUACCUCCGUCUCUACGAGCGUCAGCCAGUAUCAGGCGUUUGGGACUAAGACCACUUAUUACUUCGCUUACAUCGACCCGGCUAUCCUCCCCACCUCGUCGCUGGCGUCUAUCAAAUCGGAAUACGCCCCGUACUUCACCAGUUCCUGCACGGUGCCGUACUCCUACCAGACGAACCUCGUGACACCUGGCACUGGGGGAUCCAACUCUGGCUCUAGCGACUCCGGCUCCAGCUCUAGCGGCAGCGGAUCUAGCUCGAGCGGAGACGAUGGGUGUUAUGAGGACUAUAGUGGGUAUUACAACCAGUUCCAGCACAAAUUCAAAUGCCCCGAUGGAUCAACCUACACAACAGGGCUCUCCGACCUCUCCAUCGCCCUAAUAAUCAUCUUCGGCUGGCUCGGCCUCUUCCUAAUAAUCGGCCUCAUCGAAUCCUACAUCGCCUUCUCCCGCCUCUGCCGCGGCCGCCACGCCCGCCGCGGCCUCCCCAUCUCCUUCGCCUUCCUCUUCCCCUUCCUCUCCUGUUUCUUCCUGUGCUGUCACCAGCGCGGGUUCCAGGGCAAGUCCGCUGAAGAGCAGGAAACCCUGAAAGCGGCGUGGAAGGAGACGGGGGCUUUUACUAAGCUGGGGAGAUGGCUGAAAUGGGGGUUCAGAUAUAAGUACCCCGACUUCCUUGGUGCGGCGCCACUGAGGAGGAGAAAGUGGCAGGAUAAGGAUACCCCGAUACCUGUCGGUGCCAACGCCAUGCCGCCGAUGACUGGACCGAUGGGCCCCAUGCCUCCACCGGGAAGUAUGUACGUCGUAGGCAACCCGGCCGAUGUCGCGCAGAGAGGGAGCGUGUACCCGCCUCCUCCUGGUGCGCCGGGGGGGAGUUGGUACGCACCACAACCCGUUGACGCGAACGGAAACCCCGUGCCGAUGCAGUAUCAAUAUGUGUACCCGCCACAGCAGGCGUAUGCGCAGCAGCAGGGACAGGGUGCGCCGGAGGUUGUUCCGGGAUCGGUUCCGGGACCCCAGUCAGGGCCCUCAUCAGGUGCGCCCUCGGGACCUCCACCGGGAAUCCCGAGGAGUCUCCAACCUGGUCAGGGAUCGCCGCCUCUACCGACACGACCAGCACCAGCGCAUAUCGGCGCGGAAGAGCAGACCCGUAGUCUCCCUACGGAUAGCCCAGUUAGCCCAGCCAGUGCGCUAGCAGGAAGCCCCGUUGCGACGGGCGCUGUGCCGGUUGUUGCGGGGGGUGAGGUUGUGGCGGGGUCGGAGGUUGUGCAUGAGGCUGAUGCGGGGGAGGUGAGGGAGGGGAAGGGGAAGGGUCCUGCUGUUGCGUGAGGGGGGUAUGAGGGGAGUAAGAUAGAUUUGUUCGAUUUGGAGUAAGAUACCAUAGUUUGGGGGGGAUUUAAUGAGGUGAUUUUUUCUGAGUGUGGUUUUAUGGGAGGGAGUGAGUGAAUGAGUGCACAUAUGGACACACUAAGCAAAAACUGUGUCCGAAUGAUUCGCCCAAGGACCAACCACCAAUAACCAGCACCAGCACCAGCCACACAUCCCCAACCUUGUAGCAAAUUUACACCCAUCAUCGCAUCUGUCCUCCCCAGCCCGACCUGGGUGCCUGUUAUUUGCCCUACGAGGCUGGGCCUAGGACGGUAUCGAGGCGCUGAGCGUCUAUAUCAAUGCCGCGACCGACUCAGGGAGGUGUCUCUGCAAUUUAGGAGCUGGGGAAUCCGUUCAUAGCAUGCGCGACAUGCUGGGAGCCAAAUGGAUAGGCAGGGGUAUGGAGACUGCGCGGUCAUUCGUUGGAUGGAGGAGGAGGGGGUCGUGAUUUGGAAGGGAUGGGAUUGGGUGGUGAUGGUAUUGCGGUGACGGAUUUGAGGUGACGACAGCAUUAACGCAAUGAUAGCAGCAGCACAGCGACAGCACCAACAGACGACAGCUCAACUAAACACGGAUAGGGAUUGAGUUAUACCGAAUUCUAGACAAACUUCUUCAAGCUAGCUAACCUGCAACAGAACAAAUGAAUAAAGGAAGGAAACAUAUACUAUCUGAUAUCCACCUGCUCCUCUGUUACUAAGAUACUCUGGUUAUAAAUAUGUAGUUUGUUAUGAUCGUUUCCUGCGUCAUAUAAGAACUCACCUUCUCAACUCUAAUCACGUG